AAAUAUCAAAAUGUGGUUACCUAUUUGUGGCACCUGAUUGGGAUUUUAACAACCCACUGUAUAGAACCAAGAGAUGGCAAAGAAGAUGGUUCGUUUUAUAUGAUGAUGGUGAAUUGACGUAUUCUGUUGAUGAACACCCUGAAACAGUGCCACAAGCUAGUAUCGAUAUGACACGUGUACUUGAAGUAUCAACAGCUGAAGAUGUUACCGGUCAUAAUAAUUCUGUUGCAAUAACAGCACCAGAUCGUGUAACAUUUGUUAAAGGUACAUGCCCAGAAGAAUCAAAAUGGUGGUUAAAUAUAUUGGCUGCAUUUCCAAAAUCAAAAGGACGUCACAAACGUAAUGCAACAUUUCCUGGUGGUCAAACAACAACAACAGCAACAACAAAUGCAAUUAAUAAUGUUGUUAAUGGUAGAAAUCGUCAUAAUUCAUAUCAUAAAGAUCCAUUAACAAUAACAAAUAAUAAUAAUAACAAUAAUAAUAAUGUUAAUAAUAAUAACAGCAAUAAUAAUAAUAAUGAUAUGGAUUCGUGGGAAAAAAAUAAUUCUGAUAGUACACCUGGUACACCAGUUGGAGGUCAAGAUGAAAAUAAUAAAAAUGUUGGCAAUGAAUUAACAAAUCGCGUUUACACAGAUCAACCAGUUUCAUCUAAAUCACCACCAACUCGUGAUAAAAUUCAUCCAGAGACAAAAGCUCAAGUACGAAUUCGUAAUCGAAAUCGAACACCUAUUAUAACGUCUAAAGAUGAUAGCGAACCUGCAACAACGACAUCAUUACUAAUUGAGGAUGUGAGACGUGGUGAAAAAUUAAAAGAUAUAGCAAAUACUAUAACAAAUCUAAGUCAAACAAAUUGCUGUUGGUCAAAUAAUUCAACAACAAUAUCUACAACAAAAACAACAAAUAAACAACAACAAGAAGUUGUAUUAGAUGAGAAACCAACACGUGAUGAAACUGAUUUUCAUCAUAAUAAUCAUCAUACUCAACAAACUGUAGUUAAUAUUCGACCAAAGUCAUUACCAUUAGCAUCAAGUACUGGACCUGCCAUUGUAGCUGCCAUUGUUAAAAAAAUACCACCAGUUGUAACAUCAAAUAAUAAUAGUAACAAUAACACUAAUAAUAACAAUAAUAAUAUUAAUAACAACAAUAAUAACAAAAAUAUUAAUAAUAACAAUAUAAAUCAAUCAACAACAACAACAAUUACAACAACAUCAGUGGCAUCUAAUAAAAAUGGUUCAAUAAAAAAUUUAUCAUCCAAUGAUAAACUAAUUAAUAAAUCUAGUCCAAGAUUACAACAAUUAAAAUUACAAUCAAUGAAUCAAUAUAAUAGAUUAACACCAUUAUCAAAAUCAAAUGAACGUGGUGAUCCAGAUGGCGGUUGUAAUUUGGAUGAUCUAUCAAAUAAUUAUUUAUCAAAGAAUUCUGAAUUACGUGUUAAUUUACCAGCUGAAGAAAUAUUAAAUUCGAAAAAAGGUUGGCUUAUGAAACAGGAUAUUAGAACUGGUGAAUGGUCAAAACAUUGGUUUACAUUACGUGGUGCUGCACUUUUCUUUUAUCGUGAUCCAGUUUCAGAAGAGCGUGGUGUUUUAGAUGGAGUUCUUGAUGUUAAUAGUUUAACCAAUAUUUCGGAGCUAACAACAUCAAGAAGUUUUGGUUUUCAAUUGACAACAUGGGAUAAUCGAAGAGUUAUUUUAGCUAGUAUAUCAGCAAAUUCUAGAAAUAAUUGGAUAAAUGUAUUGAAAAGUGCAGCUGGGUUGCAACCAAAACCAACCAAAACUGAACCAAAAACAGUUGAUAAUAUGGAAACAGAUUUAAUAAUUAAUGAAAAUAACAGUAAUAAUAAUAACAAUACUAAUAAAGAUUUAAAAACUGAAAUAGAAAAAGAUUUUAUUAAAGCCCAAAGAAAUCAAGAUAUGUUAAUCAAUAAAAUUGUUAUACAUGAAAGUUCACCAACAAAAGAACAGCCGCCUCCAACGCCGGCAAUAAUAAUAAAACCAUCACCAACAACACCUGUCACACCUCUAACAUCUAAAUCAAUUUUAUUCUCUUCAGAUGAAGAAUACAGAACAGCCUCAGAGGGUGGUAGACGAGAAAGUGUCGAUUGGGGUUCACCUUUAUCACCUUCUCCUCCUAUUCCAUUAGCCCUAUUUAGAGCAAAAGAAAGAAUGCGUAAUAGAGCAGGUGGUACAAGCCCACGUUUGCAUAAACGUAGUCGAUCGUCACCUCCAAGCUCAAGACGAAGUACUGUGGAUAGUAUAGGUUCAGAUGAACUGCCAUUAAUUCAUCCAGUCCAAGAAGAAUUAAAUAUUGGUAGAGAAUUACAACAGAGAUUAGGUGCUGCCGAAAAGGAGAGAGAUAUUUUGCGUGAAGAAGCCAAAGAAAGAGAAGCUAGAAUGUCUGAACUUUUAACGACUCUAGAAAGAACUGAAUUAGAAAUGACUGCAAGAAUGAGAGAAAUGGAAGAAGCACGAGAUAAACUUUCAAGACAACUUGAUGAAACGAAUAAUAAUGCUGAAGAAGUCGUUAAUCGUCUUACUUUAGAACUGGAGGAAUGCCAGAAAAAAGUGAGCGAUUUAGAAGAUCGAUUAUCUCGGGGAAUUGAAGAAAAUGAAACGCUUUACAAAAAAUUGCGUGAAAUGGAAGGUAGUAACAGCAGUCUUAGCAAUUUGAAUCGCAGUAAAAUGAAGCGUCUCGAUUCUUUAAGCGAUUUAACAAAUUUAACUGAAAUCGAUCCAUUUUGUCUCGAUCGCGAUAUGUUAGCAGAUGAAUACACUGAACUUAGGUCUAGAUUUGAGAAGGCAGUUAACGAGAUUAAAGCUAUGAAAAAAGAACUAAAGGAAUCACAAAAUCAAUAUGAUAGUUUAGAGAUAUCUUAUGCCGCACUGAAACAAGAUCUUGAAAGAAGAGAUCUUCAGGAUAAAUCACAAUUGCAAAUGAUGGCAGAAAGAAUACAAGAUUUGACUUUGAAAUAUAGCAGCUCAGAAAAACAAGUUCGUACUCUAAAACAGAAAUUAGCAAAAUCUGAAAGAAGGCGUUCAUUAUCUCUUAAGGGUAAAGAACAAUUAACCUUAUCAAAGGAACUCGAAAUUAAAGUAAGCGAAUUAGAAACCAAAGUUGACGACUUAGAAAAAUCAUCUAGUCUCGAUAAAGUAGCAUCAAAUAGCAAUAUCAACCAAAUAACAGAAGUUGAAUCGAAGGCUUCGUCAUCAAAACGCUCAAGUUCAGCAACAGCUCAAUCCCGGCGACGAAGUUUAGAAAGCUCAGCUAAUAGUACCGACAGUCUACAAUUUAUGGUAAGAUUAAACGAUUUAGAAAAAAGAAUUGAAUCGGCAGCUUUAAAUACAAAUAAUACUAAAUCCGAUAAGACGUCUAUUAAAAAGUCAUCAUCUAAUCCAAAAUUAUCCGAGCAUUUAGUUGAAAGACUAAGAUGUCUUGAAGGAGUUUUGGUUUCUAGUAAAGAUAAAUUAGAGCAAAGUUUACAGCAGUUGCAGAGUUUAAGAUCAUCUAGAACAAGGCGAUCAGUAUCUCCCAUAACAGACCGAAAGGAUUCAUUUCGAUUUGUUGAACGUUGUUUAAAUGAAGUUGUUAAAUUAAUUCGAGAAUCAUGUGAAACUUGUAUAGUUAGCAAUCCAAUUGAAAAUUGUCAGUCAACUACCACCAGUGGUGUACUCUUAUUACCUGAUUCAAGUCCAAUAAAAUUAGCUUUAACACAAUUAGAAAUGCAAUUACGAAACAAAUUAUCUGAUUUAUUGAAGCAAAGGCGAGUUUUACGAGAGCGAAAUGAAUUAACAUCACGAAAAGAUUUAGAAUUGUUAUCGGAACGAAUAGCUUUUGAAAGUGUAGUUUUUGGAAAACUAAGAGAUUCUAUAGCAAGAGCGGAAAAUCCUAAUUUAUUUAGUGAACAACAAACGAAAGCUGAAGUAGCUGAAACAACCCAAUUAAUGUCAAUAUUGAAGGCUAAACUAGGAGGAAAAUGCGCGUUCAAACCGAGUGGUAGCUUAGAUAUAUUAGCUGGAGUCUUAGCUAGACGCUUAGUAUGUUCAUCUUAUAGAAAAGAUCGAAGAACCAAAAAUUUCGAAUUACCACCAGUUGAUCAAAAAAUAUUAGAUAAUCUGUUAAGGCAACAAAAUGAAAUUAAUUUGAUUGCGAAAAGAUAUAAAAAUAAUGCCAUGGAAAGUUUAGCAUCAGGUUUAGCUGCUGAAACUUUAAGUUAUAUCAGCUCAAAUGAUGCUGUUCAAGGUGCCAUUCAGGAAGCUUGGCGUCAAGCUCAAGAAACUGUUAAUGCUGAAUUAGUACAAUCUGAAAUUGCUCAUGUUAUGUUAAGAAGUGCUGAACGUUUCGAAAGUUCAAUAACACCAGCUUUCGGCUACACUUUGACAAGUGAAGAACGUUUAACAUUUGAAAAUUUUGCAGAUGCUGUAAAUGAUGCAUUAAGAAAAGAAAUGGAUCAAACUAUUGAACAAUUAACACAAUGUUAUGAAGAAAGUCUUAAAAAAAUGAAACGGGGUCAAUGGAGAUUACAUUUAGAACAAGAUAGAAAAGCUAGUGAAGGUAGACAGUUAUUAUGUGAAUUUGCAGAUAUUGUUGCCCAUAAAGCUCUUGUUGACGCUAGAAUUUGCGUUUUGAAAGGCGAUUAUGCACCACAAUUUUCAAGCAGUUCAAAAGAACUUUGUGAAUUUAGUAUUGCAACGCUACAGAAAUAUGAAAAUAUCUUUGAUGAUUUGGCAAAUGAUCUUCAAAUUUCAAAUCCAGAUGAUAUGAUUGCUGAAGCUGAUUUUAAUUAUAUUUACAAAAAUCGGACUAUUGAUUUUAUUAGUGAUGAAACUCAUAUUAAAGAAAUUUCAUCAGCCUUAGGUGAACUAGAAGAAUCUUUAGUUGUUCUCGAAAGUACUUUAAAUCCUAAUACAACUGUUUCUCUUGUUACACAAGAUAUUGAAAAUUUCAAAGGAGUCUGUUUUAAAUGUCGUGAACUUAGAAAGCGUGUUGAUUCAAUGAUGAAUACUGCUCAAGGUUUAACAGAACCAUGUUAUGAAUGUCAGAAAUUACAAACAAAUUUAAGAAAUUUAACAAAUCAACAUGAAAAUCAAUUAAAAAUAAUAAAACAUGAACAUGAAUCAAAUAUUUCAGCAUUAAGGAAACAAAUCGAAGGACAUUUAGAUCAAAUCAAAACUCUUGAAUCAGAACGUUCAGCAUUAAUUGAAGAGCUAUCAUUACAAUCAAAUAUUGUUGAAGAUCAUGAAAAAGAAUUAGAAGUUAUUCAAUUGAAAUUGAAAACAAAACAUGAUGAAUGUCAACAAAGGAAUAAUGAUAACAUUGAUCUAUCUGAACGUUUAGAAGAAACUGGUGAAAAAUUAAAAGAUUUAUUAAAUGAACGUGAAAAAUUAACAAAUAAAUGUGCAAGACAAGAUGAAGAAUAUGCAUCGCUUUUACAGGAACGUGAUUAUAUUCAAGCUGAAUUGAAUAAGGAACGUGAACGUUCACGUAAAUUAGAAAAACGUUUAGAAAUGUUAGAAAGAGAACAUUCAAAACAAUUAGAAUGUUUACAAGAAGCAUAUAGAGAUCAAUUACUAUCACAUUGCUCUGAUAUUUCAAGUAUACCAGAAGAAGAAAGUUUCCGUCAAAGAUAUCAAACAGAAAUUGAACAACUUAGGACGUUAUGUGAAAAAGGUCUCUCAGCUAUGGAAUCAUCACAUAGAAGAAUUAUUACUGAUCUUGAAGAACGUCAUAGAGUUGAAAUUGAAAGAUUGCUGUUCGAAAAAGAACAAGCUUUAGCUGAAGAAACACAGGCCACUUUAGCGGCUCUUGAUGCAAUGCGUAAAGCACACCAAAGUGAAGUUCAAAGAGAAGUUGCUAGAUUUAAACAAGAAUUUCUUAGACAAUUUCAACGUGGAGAGAAUAUUGGUCCGAUAAGAGAAAAAGAAGAGGAACUUGAAGAAUUACGAGAAGAAAUUCUUUCUUUCUCCGAAAAAUAUUCAAUAAAGUGUGUUGAAAAUGCAGCACUUGAAGAAAAAUUACGAGCAGCGAAUCAAAAACUUAAACAUUUACAACAAAUGCAACAAUUGGAACUGAGAAAUAAACAAUUUCGUGCUCAUUUAGCAGCUGAUGAUUUAUCAGAUCCAAAUUUUCGACAUAAUCUUGUAGCAAAAGGUGAAACAUCAUGCCCUGAAAGUGAAGUUUGAAAAUGGUUAAUUUAUGUGAUAAUAAAAUUGAUUCUUAUUACCCAAAAAUAACAUCAUUUUUAUCAUCAAAUUUGAAAAUGAUAACAAAGCCAACAAUAUCUUCAUCAUUAUCAUCAUCGAUAACCACUUCAAUUAAUUGCCCUAAUCAAAGUGAAAUUUUCAAUGAUCAACAAAAAGAAUAUGAAGAAACAAAUAAACAAAAUAAAAUCACCAAUUAUCAUAAUAAUCAAAAUAAUAUUGUAAAUGUAAUUUCAUCACAAUUAAAUAAUAAUAAUGAUAGUAAUAAUGAUAAUAAAGAAAAUUUUUUAACAUUUAGUCAAAAUAAUUCAAAAAGUACAAAAAUACAAGAACAACACCAACAAUUAUUUGAUAAUCAUUAUAAAUUUAAUUCUGAUUUUUA